ACACUGAGAGCCGACAUUCCAGGAAGUGACGAAAUGGUGCUGGGCUUUUUCCGGUUUAUUUGCUUGAAAUGGCGAAAUCGUACGAUUUUUUGUUUAAGUUGCUUUUAAUAGGCGAUUCUGGAGUGGGGAAGACAUCGAUACUCUUUAGGUUUUCAGACAACAAGUUCGACGGAAGUUUUAUAUCGACAAUAGGAAUCGAUUUUAAAAUACGCAUUAUUGAAAUCGACGGAAAGAAAAUCAAGCUUCAGAUAUGGGACACUGCCGGUCAGGAGCGCUUCCGUACGAUCACCACUGCCUACUACAGGGGCGCCAUGGGAAUCAUGCUCGUUUACGAUGUAACGAAGGAGAACACGUUUGAAAAUAUCAAGACUUGGAUCAGAAACACCGACGAGCAUGCCGCAGCUGAUGUUGAGAAGAUGAUCCUGGGCAACAAGUGUGACAUGAAUGAUCUCAGACAAGUGUCCAGGGAAAGGGGUGAGAAGUUGGCAGUGGAACAUGGCAUAAAGUUCAUGGAAACAAGUGCUGUGUCGUCAAUCAAUGUAGAAGAUGCCUUUUAUACACUUGCUAGGGACAUCAAGGAGAAGAUGGAAAGGAAAGUGUUGAGUUCCAUGAUGGGAGCACAUAAGGCCGCCCAGGCCCAGCCCAAGCCUCCGGGUGCCCACCUGCACACCGUAGAGCCCGUACGAAAAAGGACCAGAUUCAUGUGCACACUGCUAUGAUCCCGGUGUGGUGGCAUGACUGUGUAUAGGUUUCAGAGUCUCCCUCCAGCAGUGCAGCCUCUGUCGGCAAGGAGGCCGCAGAAGCAAAAAAUCGAGAACUAGGCUGCACACUGCACACUCCCACCCUCCUGCCAAGUUCUGCAGUCGGCCGCCAGGGAACGUGCCUGGAUCCCUUGCCAUCCGUAGAACCGAGUAUUACCUCGCUUUGUCUGCCUCCUGUUCUACUGUUUUUUCUGGAUGUACUACAAGCAAUACUGGCUUCGGAAAAGGGUACUGCUCCCACCGUCCUUUUUAUGGUUUGCAAUAAUGGAUUUUACGCGUGGCACGCUACGUCUAUACUCGGCUUCGCUUUUUGCCUCCUUUUUUUAUUUUUGUUUCGGGAGUGGGCGCAGCAUUUGCCUUCAAAUACUUUUCCUUGCUGCUCUUGUCCUUUUGCAGAGUGAACUAUGUCUUUGACUUCAGUCAGUGGGCAAGUAGAGGGAAUGAUUGGCAAAAAUGUCAGUAAAAUACUCAGUUACAAUUUGAUUAAUGCCGCAGUUGGUUCCUAAUGCUCAGCGCAGUGUACUUGGUGGAACUGAGAAUGGCGUGACGAGAAGCGAGUAGGAUUUUACCUCGUCAAAUCCGGUUGUGGCCUUCACAAUUUUUACGCUGGGCAUCUUGUAUGAAUAAAAAAAAAAGUUUUACUCGUCCGGUGACAACCAUGCAAUGGGGAAAGGUUUGCAGUGGUUUGUCGAUUCAGCAUUUGCUUCUAUCGUGACUGUCAUAUAUGCCUUUUUGUUUUUCUGAUGUAUGGGCUCUUUUAAUACCACGUUCUCACUAUCAUGGCUGUACAGGUUCUUGUUCACGAAGGGCAAUAUAAAAAAAUUGUAAAUGAGAAUGCGUUGAAAACUGGAAUCUAACAAAACAAAGAGCACUGCUAGAAAGCUUCCACAAGCACAACUGGGAAUAUUUGUAACGCUUGCAAAUUUAGUUUUGCCCCUUUAAUACUAGCUUGUAUACUUUUGCUAUUUCGAGACUCCAUGCCUCAAAAUGCCCUUUUUAGUUGGCAACACUCUUGAUUUUCCCCCUUGCCAGCCAGUUACAAUAUUCCUUCCGCUAUGUUUGUCCUGUGCCUGCUGUUCUGCCUUCUGUAUAUAGUAGAUUGCAAGUUGGCUCCAAGAGGAGUGCUUGGUAAAGGAUAAUUGAAGAUGACUAGUGUGAACACUUAAGCACAGAUCUCCUCUGUUGGUUUUUUUUAACCUUGUAGUCAGUCUGCUAUAGUGUGAAGCACCAGUGAGGCUCUUUGCAUCAGUUACAUUCCUUUUACUGGUUUCAAAUUAGGUGAAAAUGUGGAUAUGCUGGAAUUAGCUUCUGGCUCUUUGUGUGGUCACUUGAUUGUCUGGAACUCGAGCCUUCUUGUGUUGCACCUCAGUCUGUUGGUAAUAAUCAGAACUGGUCAUCGAGCCAUGUUGUGUAAAUAGUAUUGUGAAGUAUUAUACCAGUGUUCUUAGGCAUGGUUGAAACGAAGCCGUCUUAAUGCAAGUGGCCUUUGCCCUUGUGCAAAAUACUCCUCGGUGAUAUUUUUGCGUAGAUGGUAGAGAUAUUUCUGCAUCAGACUUGAAAAUGAUGGAACGUGUAAUGCCUUGGAGAGAAAUGGGUAAUGUAUGAGGAUGUCAAAUCUAAGUGAAAAAAGACAUGCUAUGAUCUUUCCAAUAAACACUAUUUUGUUUAUGUGCAA